AUGUCAGUCGGCGGCCCUUGCCUUUGGUUGCCUUCAUUAUCUUCGCCAGUUCCUUCGCCCCUAUCUGCAGUUUCAUCUCAUCUAUCAGCCCGAAAUAGCGAGAGACUCUCUUUAGGGCCUAGGACUAUCUCGCCACGGCUAUCUGUGCAGAAGAAAGAGGAGCCCGGCGUUCCUGUUCCUGUGCACGUUCCCGUUCGUCCAGUGGAGAUGCAGCCGACUGGUUAUAAGGCUGAGAACGCCUUGAAUAACCCAGUGGCACAGCCUGUCAGCAUGGGUUCAGCGCCGUAUCUGGAGCGAGAUGUUUCACGGGACACGGUCAACCACCGGUUGGAGGCGGCGAAACAGGAUAUGCUUCCACGUGUUAAGUUGGAGAUUCCGAGUCUGAAUCAGCGGGGCUUUUCGACUGUUCAGCCCCUGAUCGGGCACGGGGAUCAUCCUGAAGACGCGGUUUCCUCGUUUUCGGGCCCGCAUGACCCAAGAGACGACCACGAGAGAGAAUCGACAAUCAGUCCUGAUGACGAUAAGGAUAUGAUGGGUAGCGAUGAUAAUAGAUCGCCUUCGAUGGAGAAGAAGAAGAUGAAGCGUUUUCGUCUAACACAUAACCAAACCCGCUUUCUGAUGAGCGAGUUCACUCGCCAGGCACAUCCCGAUGCGGCUCAUCGAGAACGUCUGUCGAGGGAGAUCCCUGGGUUGACCCCGCGUCAAGUACAGGUCUGGUUCCAAAAUAGACGAGCAAAGCUCAAGCGUCUCACUACGAAUGAUCGAGAGAGGAUGCUCAAAUCUCGGGCCCUUCCUGACGAUUUCGAUACCACAAAGGUUCUCCGCACACCCUUUGAGGGGAAACAAUCAGGUGUCACGCCAGUGGCAUCUCCACAAGGCUACGGCGUUCCAAAUCCAGAUUUCGGGGCUUUAAGAACACUGCGUACCGAUUGCUACGCCCGACCAAAUGAAGAUGAAUAUCUCGUCUCACCUCUCAGCUCUGCAUCAACAGCAGGAACCUACAUGUCCUCGACCGGAGGACGAAAUGAGAACAUGUCUCAGUCGAACGUGAUGUUCCGCCCUGCUGCGUCUGCUUCCAUGUCCGAUUUACAUAGAACCAUCCGCAACGAUUACCCAGUCACUAGGUCAAGCAGCUUGUCCGAUGCAUCGGCCCAUCCGUCGCCAUAUGCGGGGUAUCCCAUGCAUAAUCGUUUCGCGGGGCAGCCAAAUCAGCCAGGUCUACCGUAUAUGAGACGACCCAUGGAAUACGCUAUGCCUCGUCAUCCAGGGAUGGGACCCUAUGACCAACAGCAAUCUUUCGAGGGCUCAGUGUCGCCGACAGACACUCAAGGUUCUCACAUUGCCUAUGACAUGAACAAUCUGGCCCCCCAACAACAAAACUACAAUCUUGGAAUGGGCUCUCAAUUACCAACCCAAGGCCGACCCAUGGCCACUAUGCAGAACCUGCCAGUCACGGCCGCACAAGACUAUCGGCCUUAUGCCUACGAUGCCACCGCAGGCCCAAUGGGCACACAAGUCCCCUACACACAAGCAAACACCUCGACUCUGAGUCUCCCAACUUCGGAGCCAGCAUACAACUACCCCAAUUAUAUUCAGCAGUGA